AUGUUCAGAACAAAUCAAACACAACUUGCCAACAAUGAAGCUCAUAAACAACUAGCGAACACCCCUACAAGGCAGGUGCUGUUAGCCGAUGAAACUCUAUACUAUUUCCUGUUAGUCAACUUUUGGGGUCCGGCUCUAGCCGUGUGCAUUCUUGGAAUAAUUACAAAUAUUCUCAACAUAAUUGUCUUUUCUAAACAAGGCCUGCGUGACACUGUCAACAUAAGCCUCUUUGGUCUGGCCACAUCAGACUUGGGUUCCCUCAUUACACUGUUGUAUGCAAAUAUCUCAUUUAUGCCAGAUUAUAAUGCACUAGAUCUACCGUUUGUCAGCAGUGACAUAAUGUAUAUUACGUCCUGGAUCCAUGUAAUAUUCACUAGAGUCAGCACUUGGGUAACUGCUUACAUCACGCUAGAGAGAUGUCUCUGUGUUACUGCGCCCCUGAAAGUCAAGAAUUUGUUCACGCCCAAGAGGACAGUAUUGUAUCUUGUUUUUAUCUAUGUAUUUAUGUUGGCAAGCGUCUGCCCAGUCUUCUACACAGCUCGACCAGCAAUAAUUUUUGACCCAUCAAUUAAUAGGACCUUGCUUGGGAUAUCCUUUAUAGAAGACCGAAGCAAAAUAGAGGCUUUCACAUUCAUGACAAACAACACAAUCCCAACAAUGGCAUUUUGCACGGUGGCAGUCUGCACUGCAAUCCUUGUCUCAGCUUUACGAAAGAAAUCAAAAUGGCGUCGAAAAGCUACCACGUCGAGUGCCAAAACUGUCAUGGCUGACAGAGAUAGUAGGGUUGUCAAAAUGGUGGUACUUAUAUCGACUAUAUUCAUUAUUUGUUACUUUCCUGGAGCAGCUGUUUUUGUAUAUGUGUUGUUAGAUCCAGAUUUACGAAUUGAUGGAAUUCAAAAGAAUGUGAUAAUAGCUAUUUUUUCAUUUUUAUUUCAUCUGGAAUCAAUCAACGCUGGUGUUAACAUCUUUAUAUAUUUGAGCAUGAGUUCAAAGUUUAGGGUUACGUUCAUGAGCAUGAUGUGCUUGAAGUGA